GGUGAACCGUACAGUUGUUUCCUGUGUGAGACCGACCUCGCGUCCUCGACAGAAAGUGCUGCUGGUUCUGUCCUCUGUCCGGGUUUUGGUGAAUUUCGGAGUCGCGAUCAUGGUUUUCGAAAACAAAAUGCUCACGCACGGCGACCCAGAGGACGAGGAGGAUGCUCCUGCUGAGGAAGAAGAGGAGGAGGAAGAGGAAGAAGACAUGGUGGACCCUCUGGAAACAAUACGGGCCAAGUGUGAGGAGACCGAACACUGUGUGCACUACAAGGAGCGUCUGGAGACCUGCGAAGCCCGGGUCGCGUCCAGAUCCCACACCACAGAGGAGUGCACAGAAGAACUCUUUGACUUCCUGCAUGCACGGGACCACUGUGUCGCACACAAGCUGUUCCACAAUGUUAAAUGAGAGCUAUAGAACCUGUUUAUUUACUAACAUUUUAAAACAAUCAGGAUGCUUUUGAAUCUAAUGUCAAUUAAUUUGAUAUUUAAUUUGACAUAGUACAUGUCUCAGGGCCAGAAACAGUUUGUAAAUUGGUUAUUGGGAUGCAGCAAAGUUCAGAAAGGUUGUUAACACAUGGGCUCAGAUUGAUUAAUGUAGUAAUCCCAUAGGCAGGUAUGUUUCUCCAAUAUGAGGAGACUGUACCUCAUGUUUGAUUGUGAAUUACUUGUUUAGUAUACAAGAAAAUAAAUGUUUCCUUGUAUUUAA